AUGCAACUGCUGAGGUUUGGCACCAUGGAAACUAACGGCAGCAGCACACACAAAGACAUUUACGAGGCGGCCGUACGCGGCAACUCCAGCAACCGCAGCUCACAGUUCGCCGACGUGGCCCUGCUGCAGACAUUUAAGCCCCUCAUCAUCCCGUCCUACGCCCUGGUGGUGGCGGUGGGUGUCUUCGGCAACUACCUGCUCCUCUACAUCAUCUGUCGAACACGCAAGAUGCACAACGUCACCAACUUCUUCAUCGGCAAUCUGGCCUUCUCCGACAUGCUCAUGUGCGUGACGUGCGUGCCCUUCACCCUCGCGUACGCCUUCAACCCCCAUGGUUGGGUCUUUGGCCGCUUCAUGUGUUACCUGGUGUUCCUAAUCCAGCCUGUCACCGUCUAUGUUUCGGUCUUCACCUUCACUGCCAUCGCUGUGGACAGAUAUUAUGCAACGGUGCAUCCCCUGAAGAAGCGCACCUCCGUUGCGACCUGUGCGUGUGUCCUCACCGGGAUCUGGCUACUGUCCUGCAGCCUGGUAGCCCCGGCAGUGAGCCACACCUACCAUGUGGAGUUCAAGGAAGAAGGCUUCGCCAUCUGCGAAGAGUUCUGGCUGGGCCAGGAGAAGGAGCGACGGGUCUACGCGUACAGUACCCUGCUGGUCACCUAUGUCCUGCCCCUGUCUGCCGUCUUCAUCUCCUACUUGUGCAUCUCGGUCAAAGUGAAGAAAUGCGUGGCUCCUGGCCAAAAGACUCAGGAGAAGGCCAGCGCCCAGCAAGCACGCAAGAGGAAGCUCUUCCGGCUGGUAGCGCUUUUGGUGUCCGCCUUCGCUGUGUGCUGGCUCCCCAUUCACGUUUUCAACAUGCUGCGAGACAUUGACAUACAGCUCAUUAACAAACGUUUCUUCCUGCUCAUCCAGCUGCUCUGCCACCUGUGUGCCAUGAGCUCGUCCUGCUGCAACCCUUUCCUCUACGCGUGGCUGCAUGACCGAUUCCGCGCCGAACUUAGGAAGAUGUUCAAGUGCCAACGCCGUGUCGGAGUGCCCGCCAACCGCUGCACUGCUGGUGUGGUUUUGUAA